AUGUCGCAAACCUUCACGAAUUGUGAUUCCGGUACUUGGUACGCCUUCAACAAAACCAAUCUCAAUAUCGGCGAUACUGUUCAGGUCCAAUUCGGUGCUUUCGAUAAUACGACUAAUCUGAACAUCUACCUCACGAGACCCGGUGGAAGUCUGGUACAAUCACUAGUGUUGAACGCUGGUUUUAGCCGAAAUAGCAAUACAUAUCGCCUCUAUAACUCCUCAUCAACAUGUGAACUCGAUCAACUCAACUUAACAAUCCCGAGCGAUGCCGGCGUUUCCACCAACGAUGUUCAAACUUUCCAAUUCGGUGUUUUCAACUCGUCGGUUCCUCUUGGCCAAGAUGGAGUGCCUCUUUCUGGCUUUUUGGCUUGGUCACCUGAUUUCAACGUCUGGAACAAUGUCACUACAACCACAUCAGCAGCUCCGACAACGUCCGCAACGACUGCAACAACAACAACGGCAGGAGCAGCAGUGAGCGCGACAACAACACCAGCUUCCAACAAUAACAGUUCGAGUGGAUUAUCGUCGGGAGCGAAGGCUGGAAUAGGUAUCGGUGUCGCUUUGGGGGGUGUUUUGCUAGCAGUCUUGGUCGUUGGUGCAUGGUUAUGGAAUCGGAGGAAACAGAGAGCAGCAGCAGCCGCGGGACAACCAGAUGAACCAAUGGAAUCAUUCACAAAACCACCGGCACCUGGAAGCAACACGACAGUCGGACAGGAAUAUUCAGCGAACAAUCAGCACCAGGGUCUUCACGAAUUGCCACCCGCUGCUAAUCAGCAGACAGACGUGAAGGGAAACUACCAAUCGAUACCUCAACAGUCUGCGGUACAUGAAAUGCCUUCCAGCCAUCAAGCAUAUGAAAUGGCAUGA